CUGCUACUGUGAUUUAUUUGUUGUUGUAAUUUUUACUGUUUUGAAAACAAAGAAACGAAAUAAAAUGGGUAAAAUAUUUCUCGACCACAUCGGUGGGACCCGUCUGUUUUGCUGCGCAGCCUGCGAGGUGAACCUCACUAAUCGCGCUGAAUUGAUCAGCACAAGAUUUACUGGAGCUACAGGGCGAGCUUUCCUGUUCCAUAAAGUAGUGAACCUAGUAUAUUCAGAAGUCCAAGACCGUGUGAUGUUGACUGGCCGACACAUGGUCAGAGAUGUGUCUUGCAAGAACUGUGGCACUAAGCUCGGAUGGGUCUAUGAGUUUGCAACGGAAGAGAAUCAAAGAUAUAAUGAGAUGUGGCAGAUAACAUUGCACAACUGCGAUGCUAUCGACUAUUUAGACGCAGAAUGA